AUGCUCAUGCUGAAUAUACUCGCUCCGUCUUAUCACUUUUCACGCUCUCUUCAUUUUAAUGUUACAAAGUGUAAAAUCGGGAUGCUUAAAUCUUACUUCAUUGACUGGCGUCUGGCACCUGAAAUUUCGGUGGGCGAGGCAGGAAGAGUCACAUCUCAUUAGCAUUUUUUGGAUUAAACUUUGUUCUUCGGGAAAAGCAUUUGUGCUGAUUGGGCAAAAAGAUACUGACACUGUGAAAAAGUCUUGGACAUUGAGGUUUAAACAUGGACGUUAGGAGAACUCGAACUUUCUACUUUGUGUAUCUGAUCGCACGGUGCCUGCCUUCUUUGUCGUUAAAAAUCAUUCCGGAAUGUGCUUUUGAUUCUGAUGCCACAUGGAUUCCAUUCGGAAACAAAUGGUACACUUUCAUUUCGGCUCCAGGAAAUGGCUAUAAAAUCAACAAAGCUCAGGAAAUCUGCCAAGAAAUUGCCCCAGGUGCCAAUAUUGUCAGCAUUCUUAAUGAAAAGGAAAACCAGUUCAUUGUUGACCAGUUUAAAAAGACUGUACAGCCUGAAACUAUUUGGUUGGGUGUGACCUUUGAUACAGACAGUGGCAGCAUGAGAUGGUUUGGUGAGUCGAAAGUAAAUUACACAAAUUGGGCUUCUGGGGAAUUGCCUGGAGAAACACCUGACGCUGAUACAUGUGUCAUUAUGGACACAGAGUCAGGAAAGUGGAAAACAGUUGAUUGUGAUGAAGAUUUUGGAAGAUCGGUGACAUGUGAAACAACAACAAUAGCUCUACCUGAUGGAGAAAAAUGUUCAAAAGGCAGAAAAAAUAACGUAUUACCAACAGCAUUAAUCAUUUCAGCUGCUGCAAUUUUGGUGAUAAUUUCAAUAAUUACAUGGUAUGCGUACAAAAGAAAAUGUCUCACUGCAAAUGGACAUAAUUCCAUUCAGUAUCAUCCAACAGAUCAAGUUGCAGAUGACUGCAUUUUGGUAGAGAAUGAAGAAAGGGAAUAUGAAGCGUAACCUUUUAAUAAUGACAUGGUUUAAAUAACUAACAAUGUAAUUGUACGAUAAAUGUUUAAGCAAAGCUACAUUGCCAUUGGCUAUCUGUAGCUCAAUAGAAUUUUUAAGUAUUAACUUUUAUAUAUUUCAAUCCAUGUUGUUGUCUUACUGUUACUAAAGGCAACAUUUUAUACCAAUAGAUAAAGGAAAGCUUGGAAUAUAAAACCUGAUGUUUUAAAUAUACAGUUUAACCAGUUGUGUAAUUUAAAUAAUUUUGCAACCAUUAAUUUUCAUCAACUUUGGUUUAAAUGAGUUUCAAAAGUUACAGAGUAAAGGCACAAACUAAAAACAAUAGAAAAAGAAAGGUAACCUCAUAAAAGAGUUAUUUGACUUGUACAUUUUUAUAUGAACGAGAUUAUCCUACAGUUUAAUGGUUUCAUUGGGCUUUGAAGAAUUUUUUUAACCAAUACAAAUGUUGAAGUAAUUUUGUUUUAAUUGCAUGAAGUGACUCUGGAUGUCAUUUAUAGUAUUUAACAGCUACAUAAAGACAUUGAUUUGAAUUUAUUACCUGUUUAUCACAUAUUCUUGUUAGUGAAAUGAUACAUUGGUGUUUCAGCCUGCAGAUUGUGCAGCCUCUGAUAGCUGCUUUGGGCUCAAACUUUGCAAGUUGUGUGCAAAUAUGCACAUAAUUAUAAAGUCUGCAGUCUUUGUUGCUCUCAAAAGUUAGUUCUUCUAUCUCUUGGGUUUUUUCAAAGCCAAAGAUACAUUUGGAAGCUACAAGGUUGAUGCUUUGAUAGUCUUUUAGAAUUGAAAAGUACAAGGUAAAUGGGGAAAUUCCUCAGUUGGUAAUAUUGGAAGGGUAAUUCUAGGGCUUGAGUAGAGGUUUGGAGUAUGAGAGCCCUGGGGCAGGGGUGGGGGAAGAUGUUGUGUUCAAGGUUGGCUGUACUUAGAGUAGUCCAAAUAUCUUGUGUCACGUUGUUAAAGAAAUUGGAGGUGAAGAUAAUGAAUGCACUUGCCAUAAACUUCCAAUCUUCCUAGAUAAGGAGGAGGAAGAUUUGAGGGUGGCCAAAAAAUGCUUAAAAAUAGAGUACAAGGAUAGUCCUAAUAACUAUAGGCCAGUUAGUUUAAUAUAUGUGGUGGGUAGGUUUUGGAAACAAUGACCAACGAACAUAUCAACAGGAGAUGGGGAGGUUUUAAUUUAGGAGAGACAGCAUGAUUUGGAGAGAGCAGCACGUUAUUUCAGUAUGUUCCAAUGUUUCUGUCAUUUGUAGAUGAACGUUUUAUUGCAAAGAUACCUUUCGUAUAACCUCAUGUCUGGUUACACCAGGUCUUUGGUACAUGAAUGUUUCUGUGUUGCAACAUCCUGAAGAACUAGUAGAUAUUUAAAAGACAUUUGGAUAGAUGCAUGAAUCGGAAAGGUUUGGAGGGAUAUGGGCCAGGAGCAGGCAGGUGGGACUAAUUUAGUUUGAGAUUAGGUUUGGCAUGGACUGUUGGAACAAAGGGUCUGUUUCCAUGCUGCAAGACUCUGUCUCAAUGUCUUCUAUUUUGUUAUUUUCUCCUUUUGAACUCUCUUCUAUCUGCUCUUCCCACCAACUACCCAAUUUAAAUGAUGUUCACUUGUGCUUCAAUAUUCCUUUCAGGUCUAUUUACCCAAUUUGAUUUAGGAAUGGUUAGUCUCUGUUGUACCAAUUCUUUCUAUUCUGAAAAUCUUCUGAAUUAUUUACUAAAGUAACCAUGUUGUUUUAGCAACAGGUUUCCAGGAACUCACUGAUAUAUACAAUCAGGUGAAAUGUGUUUCUCAUCUACUAUCUUUGAGUUUUGUUACAAUCCUCAUAUGUGACUUUUUAUGGCUGGUAUAUCCAAAAGCUUGAUUUCUUUUUCUAACACCACGUGGACUGCAUUAAUUCAGGGUGGCAACUUGGUACCAUUUUCUCAAGAGUAAUUAAAGCUGUAUGUUAUUUUUCCCUACAUUGCCUAACAGUACUGGCCAUGAUCAUGUCAUGUUGAACAUCCCUUCAAACUUUUCUUCACUGUUUGCUUCUCUAGCUCUUGACAGAGAGCCCAUUAUCCUAUAGACCGUGUCUUUAUUGCAUUACCACUGCAGUAACAGUAUUCUUGUUGAACUGCAAACUCUAUUCUUGUGCAAAUAAUCAUAUAUGGUAUUGCAGCUCUUUCCUACUUUCAGGAGUUUUUAAAAUUAAUUAAUGGGAUGUGAAUAUCAAUGACAAGGUGAGCAUUUCUUUUAUUAUUCACGGAUUAUGGGUGUUGCUGGUUGGACAAUUAAGAAUCAACCACACUGCUGUGUGUCUAGAAUCACAUGUAGGCCGGACGGGAUAAGGAUGACAGAUUUCCUUCCCUAAAGCACAUUAGUGAACCAGAGAUAGCAAGAACUGCCGAUGCCACCCCGUUCCCAUUUCUGAAGAGGGGUGCUGACCCAAAACAUCAACUUUCCUGCUCCUCUGAUGCUGCCUGGCCUGUUGUGUUCCUCCAGCUCCAUAUUGUGUCAUCUCUGACUCCAGCAUUGGCAGUUCUUACUAUCUCUGAGUGAGUUAUAACCCUACUGUGAAGCCGGCCCAUUUCUGAAAAGGGUCCCGACCCAAAUUGUCAACUUUCUUGCUCCUCUCAUGCUGCCUGGCCUGCUUUGUUCCUCCAGCUCCACAUUGUGUUACCACAUUAGUGAACCACAUUUUUUUUCUGACAAUUGACAAUAAUUCGUGGUCAUCAUUAAAUUCUUCAUUUCAUUUUUAUUGAAUUCACAUUCCAACAUCUGCCAUGGCAGGUUUUGAACCCAGGUCCCAAGAACAUUACCUGGGCCCUGGAUUAACAGUCCAAUAUUAGUACUGCUGGGCUGUCACCUCCCCUAUCCUUAAUUGCUAUUGAGAAGGUAGUGCUGAGCUGCUGCCUUGAAUCACUGCAGCCCAUAAUAUUCCUUUUAUGCUUACUGAUUGGAGUUGUUACACUCUUCACCCUUGGAUAUGGUGGUUUUACCUGUUGACUAUCCACUGCAACCAAACCUCAUAGGUUCCAUCUUCAUUUUACAUGCAUCAGAUGUUGCUGUUUAAUUUUCUCAUACUUGCCCUCUUUUGUUUUUAUUGUAUUCCAGUAUUAUGUUUCAGUUGUAUCGCUUUUCAUUAUUCACUUUUAGGUUUCGCAUUUCAUAUGUUUGCAUUGAAUAUGUUUUUUUGGUAUUAGAUUGUUUCUGUGGCACUUUAUAUCGUUCAUUUCUUUCAGAUGCCCUUUUAUUAUGUAGCUGUAUUAUUGGUUUCCAUAUCAAUUUCUGUGUUUCUGCUGCCCAAUUAAUUUAUUUCAUUUCAGUCUGUCAUUAUUCAGAACUUAUCAACAGUUACAGUAUUAUACUGCUUCAGUGCAAUCUUCUGAAUAUACUUGCAGCAGUUUUGUUAUCUGUCCUCUUUUCCUCUUGUAUCCUACUGUCCUCCUCGAAGUACCUCCUUCCACUGUACAUUAUCCAACCUAACACACUGUCCAGUGGAACACAAUUGAAUAAUGUUUAUGACUAUUUUUUCAUAUUUCAGUACAACAUAAUGAAAAGAGGGGAGAGAAUUAGUUUAAACUAUAUUUCUGCAACAAUGCAAAAGUGGAAUGCAGGGGAAGGCAGAAUUGUCAAUGUCACAUAUUCAAAUCAACCCCCCAUGAGUGUAAUUGUGUGGAUUGUGGUCUGUCAUAUCUUAGCUUGCAGUUAUCAAACAUGUCUAUCAUAAAUUUAUGCUGUCUUAAUUGUUGGCAAUAUCAUCCCAAAUAUGACAGUCACAUGACUAUUACUCUACUGGUUCAAAUAAAACAACUUAUUGUC